AUGUCUGAAAAACAUGCAGAUGACCGACUCGAAGGAUCAAACGACACAUUUGGAGGACUAGUCAUAAAGAAGAAAAAGGUCGAUGGAAAUGAUACUAAACCUAGCGAGUCAUCCGGAAAAAGUUUGCUGGGUCUUGAUAAAUUAGCGUCAACGAAACGAGAAAACGCUAGAAAGCGCCUUGAUGACGACGAUGAUCGAGGUGUCACAGAAUCAGUGCGGAGAGGAAUAGAAAAAGUUCAUGAAAAACAUCGUGACCGAGAUGAUCGUGGAAUGAAGUAUAAAACUCGAGACGACGAUAGGAGGAGAGAUCAUCGCUACGAUCGUUCAGAUCGGAGAGAUGACAGUAGCAGAAGAGAAUGGAGAGAUAGAAGAGGAGAUGAAACUCCGAGAUUCAAAGUACCUGAAACACCAUCGAGGAUGAGCUGGGAACAGGAUGAUCGAGAAGGUUCUUCGAGAAAGAAAAACAGUUGGGAUAUGCCCACGCCACGAGGGGAAAGAGACAGAAAACGAGACUGGGAUUCUGAACGAAGCGUUUCAAGUGCAUGGCGCAGUGAACGAAGACGUAGAGAUGACGAUAAGCGAAAACGCUACAAUAAGCCAGAGGACUCUGUCAGAAGUGUCAAGGAUGAAAAAGCCGAACCCACUUUCCACGACGAUGAAGAAAGAGCUCAAUGGGAAGAGGAGCAAAAGAAUUUGGAUAGAGAAUGGUACGACAAUGAGGGUGCUUUUGACGAUGAGUACAAUCCAUUUAAUAAAGUUUCCGACGAGUUUGUUGAAAAACGUGAGAAACAGUGGCAAGAGAAAACUCAAAAACCGAGACUGACUGUGAAACAACAAGCGAUCAAAAGAGAAAAUGAACUCUGGGAGAAUAACAGACUUCAUCGGUCUGGAGUCGUUGCAAUGGCAGACGAGCUAUCAAGUGUUUUCGAAGAUGAAACUGACGAAAAUCGUGUAACAAUUCUUGUUCAAAACAUCGUACCUCCCUUCCUCGAUGGUCGAAUUGUAUUCACGAAGCAAGCUCAACCAAUUAUUCCGGUGGUUGAUACAACAUGCGAUAUGGCAGUUUCAGCAGCAAAGGGAAGUGUGGCCGUUAGAAGGCGAAGAGAAAUGGAAGACAGAAAGAGGGCUCAAGACAAGCAUUGGGAACUGGCUGGAUCCAAACUAGGAAAUCUGAUGGGUGUCAAGGAGAAGGCUGAUGAAACAGCGAACCCUGAAGACGAUGACUCUGGAAACUACAAAGAAUCUCAUCAGUUCGCAUCGCAUAUGAAAGACAACGAAGCCGUUUCAGACUUCGCUAUGGAAAAGACAAUCAAACAACAAAGAGAAUAUCUGCCAGUUUUUGCAUGUAGACAAAAAAUGAUGAACGUCAUCCGUGAAAACAAUGUGGUGAUUAUUGUUGGAGAAACUGGAUCAGGAAAGACAACUCAAUUGGCUCAAUAUCUGCUUGAAGAUGGCUUUGGUGAAUCCGGAUUGAUCGGAUGUACUCAGCCGAGACGUGUCGCCGCGAUGAGUGUCGCUAGACGUGUAGCUGAUGAAAUGGGUGUCGAUCUCGGACAAGAUGUCGGAUAUGCCAUCCGUUUCGAAGAUUGCACAUCAGAAAAAACCAUUAUUAAAUACAUGACAGAUGGUAUCUUACUUCGUGAAUGUCUUGGUGAUGGUACUCUUGAUCAAUACUCAGCAAUUAUCAUGGACGAAGCUCACGAACGCUCUCUCAACACAGAUGUUCUUUUUGGUCUUCUCAGAGAAGUAGUGGCAAAGCGAGCUGAUCUUAAAUUAAUAGUAACAUCAGCUACCAUGGAUGCAGAUAAAUUCGCAGACUUUUUUGGUGGAAAUUGUCCAACUUUCACGAUUCCUGGAAGAACAUUUCCUGUCGAACUGUUUCAUGCAAGAACUCCUGUUGAGGAUUAUGUAGAUGCUGCUGUCAAACAGGCCGUUACGAUUCAUUUAGGUGGUAUGGAUGGAGAUAUUCUCAUUUUCAUGCCAGGACAAGAAGAUAUUGAAUGUACUUGUGAAAUGAUCAAAGAGAAAUUAGGAGAACUGGAUGAAGCACCGCCGCUUGCUGUUUUGCCAAUCUACUCGCAACUUCCCAGUGAUCUUCAGGCUAAAAUCUUUCAAAGAGCUCCCGGAGGGAUGAGAAAAGCAAUCGUUGCUACAAACAUUGCAGAAACUUCACUGACAGUGGAUGGUAUUCUGUUCGUGAUUGAUCCAGGAUUUUGUAAAAUGAAAGUUUACAAUCCAAGGAUUGGUAUGGACGCUCUGUCAAUCUUCCCUGUGUCACAAGCAUCUGCUAAUCAGAGAACUGGCCGUGCCGGACGUACAGGACCUGGACAGUGUUAUCGUUUAUACACUGAAAGGCAGUUCAAAGAUGAACUAUUGAGAAGUACUGUGCCUGAAAUUCAACGAACGAACCUUGCUAAUGUUGUUCUUCUUCUCAAAUCUCUCGGUGUUGAUGAUCUCUUGAAGUUUCAUUUCAUGGAUGCUCCUCCACAGGAUAACAUGCUCAAUUCAAUGUAUCAACUCUGGACACUCGGAGCUUUAGAUAAUACAGGUCAACUGACUUCCAUGGGACGCAAAAUGGUAGAAUUCCCACUUGAUCCGACACUUUCAAAAAUGUUGAUUGUUUCGUCUGAAAUGGGUUGCAGUGACGAAGUGCUCACAAUUGUGUCUAUGCUAUCGGUGCCGGCAAUCUUUUUCCGUCCGAAAGGCAGGGAAGAAGAAGCAGACGCGAAAAAAGAAAAGUUCCAAGUCCCUGAAUCAGAUCACCUCACUUUCCUUAAUGUUUAUCUACAAUGGCGUGAACACAAAUACUCUGCCAAGUGGUGCGCAGAUAACUAUCUGCAUGUAAAAGCUCUGAAGAAAGUUCGAGAAGUCCGUGCUCAGCUGAAAGAAAUUAUGCAAGAUUUGAAGCUUCCAAUUAUCUCUAAUGGAAAUGAAUGGGAUAUUGUUCGAAAGUGUAUUUGCUCUGCUUAUUUCCACAAUGCUGCUCGUCUCAAAGGUAUUGGAGAAUAUGUCAACGUCCGUACUGGUAUUCCAUGUUUCCUUCACCCAACGUCAGCGCUUUUCGGAAUGGGUUUCAUGCCUGAUUAUGUGGUGUAUCACGAACUUAUCAUGACCGCCAAAGAGUAUAUGCAGUGUGUUACAGCUGUUGAUGCAAUCUGGCUUGCGGAACUCGGACCUAUGUUUUACUCAAUUAAGGAAUCAAAGCAAUCUCGUCGUGAACAAAAAAUGGAAAGUGUUCGGACAGUUGAAACGAUGGAAGCGGAAAUGCGAGAAGCGCAGAAAGAGAUGGAAAGGCGGAAGGAGGAAAGUGACAAAGCAUUCAAACGACCAGAGUCUUCACGACGCGUCGUUGAAGUUGGAUCGAAAUCGAGUUGGGAGAAGAUGAGCGGCGAAAUCCAGGCAAAAACAAUCGCUAACAUUCCACCAGAAAUCAUGUCCCAAGUCAUGACGUGGUUAGAACCAGCGUAUAUUCUCAAUUCGGCACUCACUAGCAUCCAGAUGGCUGAAUUUGUAGUUCGUAGUCUACCGAGAGUUCGUGAUUUGAAGAUAGGAAUCUCGAAUGACGAUUUCAGCGGAUCAUUCCGGGAAAAUUCUAUCGAACUCCAAGUUCCACAAGUUAAUCUAAAAGCAACUAAAACUGUUUUGAAGAUUCUGCUACAUCAUUUAGGAAAUGAAAUAGAAUCCCUUCAUUUGGAAAACGAUUUGACAAUCGGUGAGGUGCCUGAUGACUUCAUCGCUUGUGUGCUUAAUUGUACAAAAGAUGCUCAUCUUAAGGAACUUGUGCUCUCUGAUAUUGAUUUGGAAAGGAUUCAUACUUGGACUCUGACACUUCUUGCUGGAUUCAGAGAGCUUGAAAAAGUUGAGAUAGAAGCGUGCAAUUUAGGAGAAGAUGCAAGUCCUUACAAUACUGAAGCUAAACUGCUCAGAUAUCUUCAACCUUCUUUCCAAACACUUACCCAAAUUGACCUAAAAGGAACACCGCAAAUAACUGAUAAUUUCUCUCGUCGUAUAUCUCGAUCGUGCCCAAAUCUUGCUUACUUCCGAAUCUCAGGAUGUCCUCUUGUAACCACCCUUUCUGCUCUUCCAUUCAUUGAACUGACACGAUUGCGUCGAACUGAUAAACUGGAUGUACACAUGGAUAACACAGAUUUUGAUGCCGACCAGCUAAGAUCAUUCAUGCAUUCUCCACUCUUUGCGUCAACAACAUCUGAAUGGAGGCUGAACCCAAUUGUCGUUUCUCUCGGAUUCCAAAAACCUGCCGUUCUCGCUACUCACUCCAGCAGAAAGACAGAUCUACUUGGGAAGCUUCCUGAAACUGGCGGUAUUAUGAUAACUGCGUCGGAUGUCAUUGAGAAUAUGGAGAAUGCAAAAAAAGUGAAUUCUGAAGUGGAUAUUGUUAUUUUCGCACAUGUUUCAUCUAUUGAAGUUGGAACACAGCACGGCGUUUUUGUGAUUGACGAAAACACAAAUAAACUGAAACGUGUGCUACAGAAACCAACUGUUGAUGAAAUGAAGGAAGAUAAAGCAAUUAGAGAAGAUGGAACAGUACUCACCGACAGUUGUUACUUUCUGACUUGGAAAUUUUGUGAACGAUUGCUGAAGAUUCCAAUUCUUCAGACACCAGUUACUGAAGAGUUGUGCUGUUAUGGAGAUUUCAUGAGACCUAUGGGAUCUGAUCCGAAACUAGAUUAUAUUGAAAAGUCACCGCAGAAUGUUCGAGCUUAUCGUAAAGCAUUAGCUGGUAUUUUCAGUCUUGCAAGAGUAGAAAUAUCCGUUCUGGGAGACAACACGUUUUUCCAUUUCGGAACUUAUCUUGAAUACAUCGAGAGCCUCAUGCCUAACUCUGAGUUUCGUCGUUCAUUUCCGAAUCUUUACAAGACCAAUAUUAUAUUUUCGAAAGGAGUUUCCGCAAUUCCGGACUCCAGUUUGGCAGAGUAUUCUUCUGGAGUUGAUUUGAAAGUUGGAGAAAAUUCCGUUGUCAGUGGGAUAGAUUCUGGAGAAGAUUCGCUGAACUUGCCAAGAGAUAUUCUUGCAUUCACAAUGGCACUGAAAGGGGGAAUGUUUGUCAGUGUGAUAGUUAAGAUAGAUGAAGAUAUUAAAAAGAAAAGUAACAUGGUAAAGUGGAACGGACAUAAUACACGAAUUGAUGGGCAUUCAUUAUGGGAAGCACCGUUAUUUGAGAUAGGCGAAACUCGUGCAAAAUCAUUAAAAGCAACGUUGAGAGAAUGGGAAAAUGGGAUGACGGAAACGAGAUCCGAGAGAAUAUCUAUCGCUGAAGCAGUGAAAAGACAUGAUUUCGAAGCCGAUCUGGAGUGGAGAAGAAGUCUCACUGAUCUGAAAAUACUUGAAUAA